GGGUGGUGGAAGGGCCUCCCGGAGGCAGGGCCUCCUCAGGACCUCGCCCGUGUCCUCCUCCAGGCAUGGACGCGGCUGGAGAAGGCCGAGCACGAGCGCGAGGUGGCGCUUCGGAACGAGCUGAUCCGGCAGGAGAAGCUGGAGCUCUUGGCCCAACGCUUUGACCACAAGGUCACCAUGAGGGAGACUUGGCUCAACGAGAACCAACGCUUGGUCUCGCAGGACAACUUCGGCUACGACCUGCCGGCGGGGGGAGCUGCCUGAAGAAACACGAGGCACAUGAAGAAACACGAGGCCAUCGAGGCUGACAUCUCCUCCUACCAGGACAGGAUCCAAGUGGUGGUGGACUUGGCCAUGGAGAUGGAGUCAGAAGGUUACUAUGACACCAAGAGGAUCAGUGCCCAGAAGGACAAUAUCCUUCGUCAAUGGAGACUCUUGACCGACUUGGUCUUUGCUCGGCGCUCGAGGCUGGAACAGAACUUGGCCCUUCAGAAGAUCUUCCAAGAGAUGGUCUACAUGAUUGACUGGAUGGAGGAGAUGCAGGUCCUCCUGGUCUCCAAGGACAUGGGGAAGCAUCUCCUGGAGGUUGAGGACCUUCUGCAGAAGCAUGGGCUGCUCGAGGCUGAUAUCUCUGCCCAGACCGAGAGGGUCCAAGCCCUCAAUGAAGCUGCUCUGAAGUUCUCUGAGCUGGAGGGUUACCAACCCUGUGACCCUCAGAUCAUCUGCAACCGAGUCAACCACGUGCAGACCUGCCUGGAGGAACUGGAGGACCUUGCAGCCAAGAGAAGGAAGGAACUGGAAGAUUCUCGUCAGCUCUGGACCUUCUUCCAGGAGAUGGAAGAAGCAGAAGCUUGGAUCAGGGAGAAGGAGAAGAUCUUGGCCUCCAAGACUUGUGGUCGUGACCUCAGUAGCGUCACCACCUUAACCACCAAACACAAGACCAUGUUGGGCGAAUUGGGCAACCGUCGAGUUCUUCUCCACCAAACCAUGAAGAAAGGCGAGAAGAUCUUAGCCAAGAAGAUCUUUAGCUCCGUUGGAAUCCAGGAGAAGCUGAGAGAAGUUUGUCUAAGGUGGAAGAAGCUUGAGGAGCUCAUGGGUUUCCACCAGCAAAGGUUAGAAGAAGCUUUGAACUUCUUCCAGUUGAGUGCCGAGACCGAUGACUUGGUCACUUGGCUCCAAGACAUGUACAGAGUCGUCUCCAGCGAUGACUUUGGUCACGAUGACUACUCUACCCAAGCUCUUCUCCGGAAACAUCGAGCUGUGGUGGCCGAGGUGGAGAAGCACAGAACUUCCGUGAUGUCCCUCAGACAACAACUUGCUCUUCUAGCUCCGGUUCAUCCCCAAGGAGUUGAUGUCCAACUUCGGGUGGUGGAGGUGGAGCAGCUCUUUGGAGAAGUGGUGGAAGUAGCUGUGAUGAGGUCUCAGUGGCUUCAGGAUGCUUUAGAUGUCUACAGGAUGUUCAGCGAGGUCCACGCGUGCGAGGUGUGGCUGGAGGAGAAGGAGCAGUGGUUGGAGAAGAUGAUCUUGCCGGAGGAGCUGGAUGAGGUUGAGGUGGUGCAGCACAGGUUUGAGAGCUUGGACCAGGAGAUGAACAGUGUCAUGGGAAGGAUCUUAGACGUCAACCAGGUUGUUCAGCAGUUGGUGGAAGGAGGUCACCCGAGUUCUCAGGAGGUUCAGUCCUGCCAGGACCAUCUCAACAGUCGCUGGAACCGAGUGGUGGAACUGGUAGAGACCAAGAAGACCCAACUGAACUCCAUCUUGAAGAUCCAGAACUUCCUCCUGGAGUGUAGCGAGAUGAAGUCUCAGGUGCGAGAGAAGCGAAAAGCCAUCGAGGCAACCCAAGCAGGUGGGAGUGACCUGGGAGGUAUCUUGGCUCUCCAACGUCGUCUUUCCACCAUGGAAGCAGCUCUGGUGGUCCUAGAACCUCGUUUGGUGGAACUUCAGCAAGAAGGUGACGCUUUAGCUUCUGCUCAUCCUGGAAGAGCUUUGGAGAUUCUUCUACCCUUCCAAGAGAUCAGUGAAGAAUGGGAGAACCUCAAGAGAACUCUUCAAGGUUGUGAAGACACUUUAACCAUCGCCGGAAGACUCCAACAGUUUAUCCAAGACUUGGACAACUUCUUGAGUUGGUUGGUGAAGACUCAAGUAGCUGUUGGAUCUGAAGAGGUUCCGGAGAGUUUAGGAGAAGCUGAGAAGAUGCUGAACCUUCACGUGGCCCUCAAGGAGGAGAUCAAUGGUUAUGAAGAGGACUAUGCCAAGAUCCAAGCGGCCAGUGAGCUCCUGGCCCUGGAGGACAUGGACAUGCCCUACUUGUCCCUCCAACAGUGGCUGCAGAAGUUGGAUGCAGGUUGGGGGAAGCUCCUUCAAAGCUGGGAGAUGAGGAGAGAGGUCCUAGUUCAGUCUCAUGUCUUCCACCUCUUCCUAAGGGAUGUCCAACAGUGCCAGAGUUGUCUCUACAACCAGGAGACCACCCUGGCUCAGGCUGAGCUUCCAGACACGGUGGAAGGAGUCACCAAGGCCUUGAAGAAGCACAAGGACUUCACCACCACCAUGGAGCUCAACCUGCAGAAGAUCCAGAUGGUGCUCCAGGCUGGGGAGAGUCUCCAACGCCAGAGGAACCUCCACAGCGACCGAGUGGCCGAGGCCAUGGAGGAGCUCAGGGUCAAGAGCCAAGAGAACCACCAGUUGGCUCAAGAAUGGACACGACGUCUCCAGGAUCACCUCGAACUCCAGAAGUUCCUCCAGGAUUGUGCUGAG